AGCUGAUUUCAAAGGGGCAAGGCCGGCUAGCCAGUCAUCACCAGGGCGGAUUCUUCCCCUGUGCCCACAGGUCGCACCAUAAAUUCCACUCGGCAUGGAAUCCACAAAAACAACAAAGAAACAUCAACAGAAACUACAAGUGAAGGACUAAUACCGGACGACACGACGCAGAUUUUGGUCUUCGAUGGAAAGGACCCUGACGCACCCUCCCUACCAAGGAUCCGUCUAUUUCCCAUUUGAGGAUCUCCCUGGCAUGUGGUUCAUCGGCUUCCUCCAGGCUUCCAUCGCCCUGGGCCAAAGCAAAGACGAUACAAAAAAAAAACGACGACGAAAGAGCUGGAGAGGACAACAAAGACGCGAAACUACUGCACGGGACAACCUAGGGGUGCGCUCCAGCAUGUUUCUGCAAUACCAGGCAAGUUCGGAAGACCGGUCGGAAGCUACCGACAAGCGGGAAAAACUGAUGGAUUUGGUGAAAGAGGCUGAGUUACAAGCCGCAUAA